AUUCGCAUCACUCGCUUUUAAUUAAUUUAUUAAUUAAUUUACUUUCUCCAGUACGGCGAUGCUCGUACUGUUUUUCUUUAAUUAAGGUAUAAUAAAAUAUUCAUACGAUGAAACAUCAGCAGGUAACAGUGGAUUUUCUAAGCAUGGUUUUUUCCGCUGCUACUUAUUUAGCAUUAGCCGGGGCGGCUUGGAUUUUUUUACGUCUUCUUCAAGCAUGUUUCUGGCUGCCACGUCAUCUUAAACGACAAAAUAAUCUCCAAGACAUGUUACAAGAAAAAGUGAACAGUUAUGAGAAAUAUAUAUUGGAAUGCGAAGAAAAAGAAAAAGCUGCUGCUGCUGCUGGUGAAAGGGGCGAGGGUGUGAUAGAAGACAAAGAUUCUAAUGAAGAUGGUGAAGCGAAACCUCUUGUAAUAGAUGAGAAGAAAUGGAAAGAGCGUAGAGAAUGUCUAGACAUGUUGAAGAAAGAAUUGAAGAGAGUCAGUGAUGGUGGAGAUCCUUAUGAUUGGGAACAUCUUCUUGAGGAAGAAGAUGAGGAGGAUGCUAAUGAAGACAAAAAAGAUGAAAAGAAGAGUGAUGGAGAUGAGGAAGAUUUGAAUAGCGAAAAGUUAGAUGAUGUACCUGAAAAAGGCCUUGAAGAAAAGAAAGAGCAGUAAAGUGUUACUGACUUAGUUUUCUUUGCACCAUUUCAGGGUCGUUUUGAAAA